CACCACCACCACCACAACCACCACUACCACCACCGCCGCCGCCGCCGCACUCGCUGCCGUGUUGCAGCCUUCAGUAAUGUUCUGUGCCACCUGUGAUUGCACUAUCACUAAAUGUGAAGAAAAUAUAUGUUCACACACACACACACACACACACACACACACACACACACAUAUUUGUUAAUACUUAGUGGCAAUAAUUUUCAACUUUCCUAAUUUUGUGCUUCCAGUUUGGUUUCAGAUCUUUCUCUUUUACACAUGCACGCACAAGCUGCUCUGAGGCUCAUGUGAGGUAGUUCAUGGUCACAAAUAGAGUUUUCACGGAAAGCAGACAUUACAGAGGCAUUAAUUUACUUUCAAGUGGGUAUGGUAGCGUUUACUGUUGCGGAAAGAAGGUCGCGGAGCUUUAUGAUCACCAAAAGGAUCUUGUGUACAGCGUAGCAAGGAGAUUCUGGCUGGCUCAAGUUUAAUAUCUUAUUUCAUUAAUUAUAUCAAUUAAAAAAUCCUUGAAGGCGGAAACAUGAUGUCCUUCAAAAUUCUUUCUUUAUUAGUGUCUUGCUACAUCAAGCCGCGCCUCAGCCACGCAAGAAGCCAAGGAGCUUUGGGAUAGACGCUUAGGGAAAGAGAAAGUGCAGAGAGUAAAUCCAGCGUAUGGCUGCGGGUCCUGCGAGCGUGGAGCCUUUCGUGACUCACUUGCUCGUCCGCCCCCGCACGAGCCGCACACAGACUGCACCACGCACCGGGAACUGUCAAUCAACGUCCGUGACUGUGAAGUCUGCUCAUUCUAGUCGAUCUGAACUCUGGAAGCUUUUGAUGAAGUAGACAAUGUUGAGAGGUUCGGUGUAGUGACAGCCAUCCCUGAAAGCUUGUGCGUGACGCGGCACCAUGAGGAUCCUGCCGCUGGUGUUACUAGUCUGCCUGUUGGGCGUUGCUGCCGGUGUCAACUUUAAUAUCUUCAGAUGGCCAUCUUUUAAUCGUAAAGGCAGAGGACAAAGUGGUGUAGGCUAUGGUGGCAGUGGUGGCGGCCACAGGGGCGGCGGUGGAGGGUAUGGGGGCGGCGGAGGUGGCGGCAAAAGGAAAGGCAAUCCAUUACGAAGUCUGCAGAGACUCAAGACCCAAGCCAUCACAGGCCUCAGGAAUCUCAAGGCUCCCAUCAUCGACGGCAUCAGGAACCUGAAGAGUCAAGUGUUUGAACUCAAAGGCAACUUCUUCAGGCAAGCCAAGAACCUCUUCAAUAAAGGGAAAAGCAGCCAAGGCCAGUCCAGCUACUACCGUCAGCCCGCAACACACUAUGGAGGCGGUGGAGGUGGAGGAGGCUACGGGAGUGGUGGAGGCGGCAGCAGCUAUGGUGGAGGAGGAGGAGGAGGAGGAGGAGGAUUUGGCAGCCACGGGAGUAGUGGCGGUGGCUAUGGCAGUGGCGGUGGUGGCAGUCAUGGUAGUGGCGGCCAUAGUAGCAGCGGGCAUGGGGGCGGAGGCCAUGGUGGCAGUAGCUAUAGUAGUGGAGGCGGCAGUCAUGGUGGUGGAGGAGGCAGUCACGGUGUUGGAGGAGGAAGUCACAGUGGAAGUAGUUAUAGCAGUGGAGGUAGCAGUCACGGUGGAGGUGGUGGUGGAGGUGGGCAUGGUGGUAGCAGCUAUAGCGGUGGAGGCGGUGGACACGGUGGAGGCGGCCAAGGUGGAAGUAGUGGCCAUGGUGGGGGGGGUCACGGUGGAGGAGGCGGAGGCGGGAACAAUGGGUACAUACAGGUGUCCCAGGUGUCUCCGCAGUCCCCUCCCUCUUCCAGCUAUGGGGCGCCUCCCACUUCCUCCUCAGGCCACGGGUCUGUCUCCACUCCAGCCUCGGGUUACGGAGCUCCUUCACCAGCUACGGGUUUCACGGGCUUCAGUUCACAGCGACCCCAGUCUUCCAGUUACUCAGCACCGUCAUCGCCAGCUGCUGGAACUAGCAGUUACAGCUCCACCGGGAGCAGCGCCAAGGGAGUGACGGGGGUGCGGCAGGCUGCUUCCUCAGGCUUCAGGGCCACAGCAGCAUCUGCAGGGAAUAACUUCGCGUCGAUCCCCGCCACCGGGUAUCGCGCCCCGACCGGCACUGGCAGCGGAGUCAGGCCGUCUCAGACCAGCUCCUACAGCCACACGGGGACAAGGGCAACAGGCUCAGGCGACAGCAGCUACAGUACUCAGAUUAAUGCACCACUUUCAGCAGCCAUGGCUAUGGGUCACCUGCUGAACGAGGAUGAGGUGGUGAAGGGACAGCCGGACACUGGAGCCUGGCGCCCUGUUCUUGGGACCUCCGGAGCAGCGCCGCCCAUCGAUGUGCGCACUCCAGUCUCCGUGGCCUCCACGACCAAGGGCCAGAGUUCGAUAGGUCAAGCACUGGGCACAACGGAGGAGCCACUCUUCAUUGACUUGGGUGGAGCGGGAGAUACUACCGGCGGGUCCAGUGGUGUGCAGGUCACAGAUCCCGCAGUGGUCGUUGAUGAUGACACAUACAUUGUAUCAGCCACCAAAGAAUAUGACGACGUUGUAUUGGUGGACAAGGGAAAUCCGGAUGACGCUGCCAAGGCUCUGUCCAAAGUGGUGGACGCCGCUCUGCUCAUAGAUGAAAAGCCCGAUGACCACACGCUACUCGUCAACGAUGAAACAAACGCGAUCGACUCACCCUUACUGAUUGAGGACGAAGCCCGGAAGCGCUCCUUGAGUGGUGGCCGCCUCCAGGAACACCCGUCCUCCGUGGGGCGGGCGGACAACUCAUUGGGCAGCGGACGCAGGUCUGACAGACUGCAGUCUGGGCAAGAGUCCAACAUGAUGUUUUCUGGUUUGAUGGAGGAGCUGCGCCUCAACACUCUCAUGGCACUCAUACGGAGGGCCAACCUGGAGGCCAUGCUCACCACGGAAGGCGGCUUCACCAUCUUCGCCCCCUCGGACUCCGCCUUCUCGCUGCUGCCUCGCUCUGCUGUGUUGCUGCUGCAGAACAACACCGAGAAGCUGCGGGAGGUGGUGCUGUUCCACGUGGUGCCCGGGGAGCUGCGCCUGGACAGCUUCGACAAUAACGACCAGUUGAGUUCAGCUUCGCCCCGCGGCAGGAAGCUGAGAGUGAACGUGUACGACCACGGAUCAGACCAGCAGGUGGUGACGGUGAACGGGGCGCGGGUGAGGCAGCCGGACAUGCUGGCCACCAACGGCGUCAUCCACGUUAUAGAUCGCGUGCUGUACCCCAUGGCUGACCUGUCCAUCCUCGACCACCUCACCUCCUGCGACACAUUCACAGGUGCCAAUGUGGCAGUAACAGGCGCUGGGCUUAACCCAGUGUUGGAACAGGAGGGACCCUUCACUGUAUUCCUCCCCACCACGGAGGCUUUUGCUGCCAUCGACAAUGCCACUGUCUCCAGCUUUAUUCAGAACAUCACACUGCUGCAGCACGUCUUGAUGUACCACAUUGUGCCCGGGGCUCACUUCAGCGAGGGGCUGCGGGAUGGCACAUGGCUCACAACCCUCGCCCAGGAACAAGAACUGUUGCUACGUGUUACUUCUGAUGGAUACUCUCGGCGUCUGGCUGGUGUGGGUCAUGCUGCUCGAGUCAUCAAACACGACAUAAUUGCAACAAAUGGCGUCAUACACGUCAUUGACACUGUGCUGCGGCCUGAGCUGGAGACUCCAAUAUGUGGCCAUUUCUAGCAGAAAGAUCCACAGUCUAAAUGGUAAGGUUAAAUUUGUAGAUGUUUAUAAGAUUCACUAGUUAUACUGUGCUGGAAAUACUUUGGUGAGUCAAUUCGAACUCAUUCUGACAACAGCAGUGCCACAAGACUUUAUAGGCACUACUGUGGUGUCACAAGCACGUGAAUAGUUUACCUCGAGUGUUGUGUGGCAGUAUCCUGUGGAAAGUCUUUUGAGUGCCAGUGAAGAAUGCAGCGUGUGUUUUUGUGUGUGCAAAGGUAAUUGAAAAAAAAGUGAAGUAUGUGGAAGUGAUAAUUGAUAAUUGACACGAUGUGUUUGAACUCUAUCAUGAGUGAAUUUACAAAAUGUUCACCAUUAAGUGAUGGACUCAUGGACAGCCUGUGGCAUGUGAAGAACAAUGCGGUCAUGUUGAAAAUUGUAUUGUUCUUCAUGUCAAUGAUUUAGAUAGCAAAGUAUUACUUGAUUUUUUUUUAUUUUAAUGUGAUACACUACUGACAUAAUAAUAAAGAUCAAAAGCUAAAAAUCAGUAAUGAAUCAUUAAUUUUGUCUAUCAGUGAGGGUGUACAGAUCACUUUUUCAAAGUGCAGUUUUUGAAAAUAAAGUAAUUACAUCUGUUGAAGUGUUGUAACCUUGUCAUGAACAUCUUAGUAAUACUGUAAUGGUAAAAUGCAAUAUAAUAAAGGAAAGUGAGAUGGGUACUACCAAUAUAUAAAAAAAAAAUGUUAUUUUCUAAAGAAAAGUGAUCCAUCCAUGAUGUAAUCCGGUCACAUCCAUUGAUUACAGACUCUGAGGGAUUUGUGCAGGACCAACCUAUGACAGGUAGUCACAUUACCAGUACAGUACAGUACAGUACAGUACAGUACAGUAGUACUGACAUGGUACACUUUUUUAUUAUAUUGAUAUAUAACAGCAUCAUAAUAUAUAUCAUUGCCAUGAAAAUGGAAAUGUUCUGCACCAUUCCACAAUGAAUGAUGUUAGUUUUAUGCACAUAUGUUGCCUUAAUGGUGUGAAAAUGAGACAUACGUACACCAAGACUCUUAAUAUUACAAAUACUGAUGACUAAAAGGACCAUGUUAUUAAGUGAUGAGGAGUAUCUUGAGUACAUUUUAUCAUACAUGCUGAAUAUACCUUAGAAAUAGGUCUGAGUCAAUACAGGUUCUUUUCCUUAUUUUUUUUAAAUGUUUAUUCUUAACACACUUCACUUUCCAUACAUGCGAGGUGGCAUGCAAGAAAGAAGCAAAGUUAUAAAAAUACAAAUGAACAGUAGGAUUUGUUCUGCUUCUUUCUUGAUUUGAUACAAAAACUGUCAGAUGGAGAGAUUCUCAGAAGAGUACAUUAUUCAGUGAAAGGUUGUGUUUGAAUCCCAAAAAUCAUGUGAUGCAAGGACUGACUUUAUCUUCCUGGAGACACUGCACUAUUUCAUAGAAUAAUAUUCACCAUAAACCUAAGAUUUUCAAUAUACACACAAAAACAUCACUGUAAAGUUUACUAUAGUUAUGACCAUUAUCUAAAUCAUCACCUUGAUUGAACAAGGAGGCACCAAACAUACCAGAUGCGGCCUUAUUCAACAAGAAACUCAUCAUCCAUGUUGUUUCAAUUUCACAUGUGCUCAAUCCACAUAAGACCUUUUCACUUCUUUUAGCAGUCUAGCACUUAGUCCAUAAAAUCUCAAAACAGUCCAUAGUCUUGUCCUAUGUAACAGUGCAAGCAUCUCUCCAACACUUUCAUAUAUUUUUUUUUCUUCACUGGUAUCUAUGCUAUGGAUCCAAUUAGGGUGUGGGGCAUUCUGAUGGAAGUACCUUGCAUUUACAGUGAUUUCAGGACGAGUAUGUGUAGGGUAUGGAACAGUCAUUAUGAAGGGGCAGGGGUACACCAGUGUAUGCCAUCAGGCCUUGCUAUGCAUGUGAUGGGCCAGUUGUGCUAUGCCUAAGCUCCUGGGGUAUAGUAUUGUGGUCCAUGAGACUAUCCUUUACCACUGGGACUCACAGCACUAACAGUGUGAAUGAUACGUGUGUGUGUGUAUGUGCGCUUUGUCUGAACCACCUUGUGUGGGUUUGCCAACAUGUAUGUAGAUAGAUCUAUGUUGUCUACUAAGUGAAGAUAGUUUUUUUUCUGUUUCACUGCUAAAAUAAGAGAAUAUGAUAAACUAGAGCACCAGAGUGAUCUAGGUGCUUCUUCACAAACAGAUUUACUCAUAAGAAUUUUGUGACAGCUGACAUUUUACCAACAGCCAGCAUUAUCCACUGACAGCAUUCAAUAUAGUGUAAGUACAAAUACACUGUUUUAGGUAGUCUGCAGCAGUCAGUCUACUUGAGUAUGAACCACUUCCUUACAAGAAUAUUUUAAGCUGGUAUUAUAAAUCCUUGUAGCUGCACAUUCUACAACUAACUUGAAAAGUACUACUGGUGUAUUCCCUGCACAUCAUAAAAGAACUGAAAGGAACAAAGUGAUGGGACUGGUUGAGCCCAACAUCUGUAAUUCUGUUACUAUAAAGUGUUAUGAAAUGUAUGGCAGAGAUAAAUGGAAAGCCAUUGUGAAUGCACUUUUGGAAACAUCCUUGAAACUUUAUUGUCUAAUCAAUGCAUUUGUCAGCAGCAUAAGUAAACUAGAUUUGUUAUUAGGCCUCUUUCCAGAAACUAUCUGAUAAACUGUGCAACUGGCCAUCACAGUGUGGUGUAGUGAGAAUUGAUCCUCCCUACCCUAAAGGUUUAUAUGUAAGUGAAUGCUUGUGUAUCAAUAAAUGUACACAACCUGGUCUUGGAUAUGUACCUUUACAGGGGAUAUCAGCCUGGUAUUAUAAAUGUCAUCAAAAAUAACUUGGUAAGCAGUUUGUUAUUUUAGUCGCUUCCACACACCAUGCACAAACUUGGGUCAAUAGAUACAUAUAAAUGAAUAUUUUAGUAAGCACUAUGCCCUUUAGUUUCAGUUGCUGCUUCAUGCACUGGACACACACACAUACAAAAAUGCUACACAAGUCUUUAUACACUACAAAAAUUUAUGUUGUUAUUACUUUUGAACUCUCUGCAGCUAUAUCUUAUAAGUACAUAGGUCCUGGGUGUACUACACACUUACAAAAAUCCCAGUAUAUGAUUUGCACUGGCUAAAAAUGCCUAUCAUCUUGGAAGAUUAAAACAAUUCCUCUUGAUUGAGGCAGCCAGACAUAUUGUGAAAUGCAGUCACUACAUUAUUCCUCAUAAUACAUUUGAACAUAUUAUAAGGCAGUCAGACAUACUGUUAAAUGCAGUCACUACAUUAUUCCUUAAGAUAAACUUGAACAUAUCACAUGACUUGUGGCCACUUUGCAUACAAAAUUAACUCAAUGUACAAACAGUAUCUUUUAAUUCGUAAUUCAAUACAAAGAUUGAACUGUGAAGUCAUAAUCUUAGCCAGUUACAUCUACACAAAAAAGUGUUUUGAGAUAUAUUAUCUUAAGUUCUGGCAAAAGAUUAUGUUCAAGACACUUAAGAUCACUGGAGUGUUUCAUGUAAAUGAAACUUCAAACUGAAUAAAACACUGGCAAAUCACAAUAGCAAAGUACAGCACAUAGAAAGUAUAACAAUCAUCAGUAUGACAUACUUUCAUCAAUAUGGAACUGCUUGAAGUCAAAAUACUCCAUUCAUUAAAAAACAAAGUGGAAAGUUGGCUACACAUUUCAUGACCUGUUGAUAUGAUGACUAAGGAACUUAUCACAUUUAACACAAAUGAAGCCUUCAUGAUGCAAAGGAUCUUCACAACUUGAAGUUGUUUUGUGUUGCUUGGAAGUAUGAACAUUUUUCUCCCAUUUUUCAUCCUUCUUUGAAUUCCAAGUAUGAUUUCAACUUAUUCUGACAUUCAGCUGACACUUGCAUCUCU